CCCGGCUGCGGCCAACAGUCGGCGCCGCCCGGAGCCGGGAGCGCGGCCCGAGCGUGGCGCGGGCUGUGGGGCCGCCGCGUGCCCGGCCCCGCUCGCCCGUGCCCGCCCGCCAUGCCCGGCUUCGACUACAAGUUCCUGGAGAAGCCCAAGCGGCGGCUGCUGUGCCCGCUGUGCGGGAAGCCCAUGCGAGAGCCCGUGCAGGUUUCUACCUGCGGCCACCGCUUCUGCGACACCUGCCUGCAGGAGUUCCUCAGUGAAGGAGUCUUCAAAUGCCCUGAGGACCAGCUUCCUCUGGACUAUGCCAAGAUCUACCCGGACCCAGAGCUGGAGGUACAGGUAUUGGGCCUGCCUAUCCGCUGCAUCCACAGUGAGGAGGGCUGCCGCUGGAGUGGGCCACUUCGUCACCUACAGGGUCACCUGAAUACCUGCAGCUUCAAUGUAGUCCCCUGCCCCAAUCGCUGCCCCACCAAGCUGAGCCGCCGAGAUCUGCCUGCACACUUGCAACACGACUGCCCUAAGCGGCGCCUCAAGUGCGAGUUUUGUGGCUGUGACUUCAGUGGAGAGGCCUUUGAGAGCCACGAGGGCGUGUGUCCCCAAGAGAGUGUGUACUGUGAGAACAAGUGUGGUGCCCGCAUGAUGCGGCGGCUGCUGGCCCAGCAUGCCACCUCUGAGUGCCCCAAGCGCACCCAGCCUUGCACCUACUGUACCAAGGAGUUCGUCUUUGACACCAUCCAGAGCCACCAGUACCAGUGCCCGAGGUUGCCUGUGCCCUGCCCCAACCAGUGUGGCGUGGGCACUGUGGCUCGGGAGGACCUGCCAGGCCACCUGAAGGACAGCUGUAGCACUGCCCUGGUGCUGUGUCCAUUCAAAGACUCCGGCUGCAAGCACAGGUGCCCUAAGCUGGCAAUGGCGCGGCAUGUGGAGGAGAGUGUGAAGCCCCAUCUGGCCAUGAUGUGUGCCCUGGUGAGCCGUCAGCGGCAGGAGCUUCAGGAGCUGCGGCGAGAGCUGGAGGAGCUGUCGGUGGGCAGUGAUGGUGUGCUCAUCUGGAAGAUUGGCAGCUAUGGGCGCCGGCUACAGGAGGCCAAAGCCAAGCCCAACCUUGAGUGCUUCAGCCCAGCCUUCUACACACAUAAGUAUGGCUACAAGCUGCAGGUGUCUGCAUUCCUCAAUGGCAAUGGCAGUGGUGAAGGCACACAUCUCUCGCUGUACAUUCGCGUGUUGCCAGGUGCCUUUGACAAUCUCCUUGAGUGGCCCUUUGCCCGCCGCGUCACCUUCUCCCUGCUGGAUCAGAGCGACCCUGGGCUGGCUAAGCCGCAGCAUGUCACUGAGACCUUUCACCCUGACCCAAACUGGAAGAAUUUCCAAAAACCAGGCACUUGGCGGGGCUCCCUGGAUGAGAGUUCUUUGGGUUUUGGUUACCCCAAAUUCAUCUCCCACCAGGAUAUCCGCAAGCGAAACUAUGUGCGGGAUGAUGCAGUCUUCAUCCGUGCCUCAGUUGAAUUGCCACGGAAGAUCCUCAGCUGA